CUAUUUAUUCACUGACCUAAUUGUUUUAUAGAGCAUAUGUUUAGUAUGAGACUGUAUGGUAGUAUAUUAAGGUUGUGUAGUCAAACUGUACACACAAAAUGUUACCAAGCUUCAAUGCUUCAAACAAGAUGUAUAAGUGAUGUUUCAAAACCAAUACUUUCAAUAGAACAAGUUCGUAGUCAUUUACGAAAGGUGGUUGGUGCAAGUAAAUCAUACAGCGACACAAUUCCCGAUCGCUCUGGUCUCAAGUCCCACCUAGUGGAUGAUCAGACAAAGCUAGCUCCUCGUAAAAUGUCCGAUAGUUUCCAAACAGUUUGCAUCCCAUUGUCAGAUAAAAGUAUUCGUGAAAAAUACAUCAACAUUCAUGGAAGUGUGAGGUUUGGUCAGCUCUUAGAGAAUCUUGACACAUUUGCUGUUCUAAUCAGCUAUCAACACAAUUCACCAUUGCUGACUAACACAGGGAUCAGUCCACUGAGCAUUGUAACUGCUAUGGUUGACGAGAUAAAGAUUCAUCAUGACCUCAUAGACCCCACUGUUGACAUCAUAAUGACAGGUCAUGUGAUGUGGACAGGGAAAUCUUCAUUAGAGAUUGGGAUGUGGUUGAAACAGGAGGAUAAGAGUGUCUUGGAUGCGGAGUUUGUCAUGGUGGCCAGGGAUCCUGAGAGCAAAAAAGCGGCAGUUAUUCACCCACUUGAAACAACCAAUGAGGAAGAAAGGAAAUUAUUCGAAGCUGGAAAUCAACAUAAACAGAAGAGGUUGGCCGAGGCGAAUACUUCUUUAUUUCAAAACCCUCCAACUUUAGAAGAAAGACAAAUUGUUCAUGAAAUUUUCCUUAAAACCUUGGAUCCCAGAUCUAAAUCGUUUCGAAGUCGAGUGCUUCCUGAAGGAAGUGUUUGGAUGGAAUCUACUCGACUUAAGAACGCAGUGGUGUGUUUUCCUGAGAAGCGAAACAUCCAUAACAAAGUAUUUGGUGGAUAUCUUAUGAGGAAAGCAUUUGAACUGGCAUGGGCCAAUGCUUGUGUUUUCAGUGGGAAUCGACCAUACGUUGUUGCUGUUGAUGAUAUUUUAUUCCAUUGUCCUGUUCCUAUUGGUUCCUUACUACUAAUGUCAUCACAGGUUAGUUAUUCCGAUGGGAAGAAAUUUAUCGCACGAGUUCACGCAGAGGUCAUGGAUACAUUGCAAGGCACCAGCACAACUUCUAAUGUGUUUCAUUUUACUUUCACAUGUGGAGAUCACCCAGUUCCUGCAGUCGUACCAAUGACAUAUGGAGAAUCCAUGUUGUACUUGGAUGGGUUAAGAAGGUCAAAGAAAGGGAGAAUGUUGUAGUUUAUGUUUGUAGCUUAUUUAGCUUGUUUGUUCUUCAAGGGUUCAAUGCAUAUUGGCUUGUGCAUGUCUGGAUGUAUACACAAGCUGUUUACAGUGAAAUGCUUUUUAGUUGUCUAUCACUAUCACUACCCCAAACAUUAUCAAAUAUGCAUGUAAGUAUAUACAUUUAAGUAGAUAUAGUUUGCUGAUGCGCAUUUCUAUAUUUUGAAACUAAUUUACAGCUGAAAAUUGUAAAUACGUUGUAGCAAAACAACCAACUUUACAACAUAUGCACUUUGUAUAAUAACGUCACAACAUUAAUUUAUUUAAAUAUAUUGCUUUUAUCAGCUUAGUUUAUUUUUGAUGAUAGUUCCACUGUGGUUAUAUUGAUGGUAUUACAGUGGCCACUAUUAUGCAGUAAUGUAGUUGAUAUAUAUAUAUUAUGUAUAAAUAUUAAUUUUCAUGAAUUGUUGGUGAAUUUUUUAGUAAACUUACGUUAGUAAAACAAGAUACGAAGCAGAACACUUUUGAAAGUGAAAUACUUCAUAAUAUAACCUAAA